GCCAUCCUCCCCAAAUCAAAAUCGACGGAUGUUCCUCAGUGCUCCAUUUCUGUGCUGCACAGAAGUUCUGACGUUAACACGUAUUUGGGCAAAACAAAGACCCCUGGUUGUCACCCACCCACAUUUAUGCUGCACAUACUGAGCUUCUUGACUCCACAAAGCAACGUCACUGAUAACACUGUAAUUAAAGCACCUUCCUCUAAACAGUCGAUGCAAGCAGCAGCACAGCAGUAUGUCUACUUAUUAUCCAACCUAGCUACAGCUAAAGAAACUGGAGUGCACGAGCAAUGGGAAAAAGAUGUUGGUCCCAGCAAUAAAGCAAGCAGAUACACCUCGGGGGCAGCCCGUGCCAACUCGGGGAUCUUUUAACUGACUAGAACCACCGAGGGGAGCACUCCCCCACGAAGAGUUACGAAGAACAGCUAGAAAAUGGUACGCUCAUCCAAGGACGUGCAGAAAAGUACCCAGCUCCUCGAGGAACGCUCUGAAUGCAGCCCCCAGCACACGCACGCACCGAGGAAUGCAACCGCUAGCAGAACGGCCUGCUGGAGCACCGCCUCUGCCGCUGUUAUCCAAGCGGGGAUGGCGCGCAGCCCUCGGGAAGGCAGCGCCGAGACGAUCCUCCGCUCUUCCUACGCAGCGCCGUGCGGGACGGCAAAUGCAAACGCCGUGCCGCAGGGCGAGGGAGGAAAGGGUGAAGCGCUCCGCCCCGCUCGGCCUCACCUGCUCUGCUGGGAAGAGUCGGCCGUUCUCCUGGCAGCGGCACCGACGGCUCCGUCUCUACCCAGAGCCGCCCGCAGGGCUGAGCGCCGUCCGGGGAUGUGCCGGGAGCAGCGGCCCGGAGGUGACACAGCGCCAACGGCGCUGCUCGGAGAGGAGAGGAUUGGAGAACGAGGCGUGGGGGACACGGAGCAGCGGAGCCAAGCGAAGGCCGCGUCCCGUCCCACCGGAAGGCACGCCGUCUGUGGAGGGACGUGGCAACCUGCGUCCCGGCGGCGGGCAGGGAAGCGCCGAAUGCGGACAUAAGCGAGGUCGUUCGGCCGCUGUAGAGCCGCACCGAAGCGCUGUGCAAAGACGGCGUUACAGCCGAAGUGUUUCUCGUGAGAUUUUCAGCCCGUCUGACGUUCGUGUCUUGCCCGGGAGCCAGCGAUGGGCAGUGCGGCAUUCGGUUCUGUUCCCGUUGCUUCUUCCCUCAGCUCCCUUCUUCAGCCUCACAAGGUCCUGCACAGGAAAAUAACGAACAACAGAACAAGUAAAACAAAUUAAUGACCAUAAAUCCAUCUCAUACUGGGGACUGAAUGAACUCAGAGCACAGCCCUGGUUCAACUGACCAUGUGCUAAAAGGCGAUCUAUGAAUAUCAGUCAGUCAUCUUACUUCAAAACAGGGAGCAGCCCAAGAGCCCCCUUUGAGCAACCCUGCAUAGCAGCAGGCUGCAGGACAUCAUCUCCCCCUAAGCGCAGAUGCUUCUUAAGGUUCCACCUGCACCAGAGAUCCUUUGCACCUUGACGUCAAGAGACCUUACCAAUACAGACCCUCAGUAUGUGGUGAGUAGAUUGGUGUUAUCUUUGUUAGCCUCACCAAGAGAACACAUCUUAGACUGCUUCUGGAUUUGCUAGCCUUGCUAAGAUCAUAUAUCUUGGACUGGUUGUUUCAGGCCUUGUUAGUUUUGAUAAGGUGAUAUCUGAGUUUGACUGUGCACGUACAAUUCCGUAGACAUAAACUGCUGACCAAGUCUGGGACUAGAGCAGAUCCACCUUACACCUGUGGUUGAGAAAGCAAGGGGGACCCUGAGCCUCGUGACUCAAAGGGAGGGCUUCCUGUAGGUGUGUGUUUAACCCUACCCUCUAUGCAGUAAAUAACCAAGUGGUUGCUGCAGUCUUCUUAAGCCACUGUUAAAUCACUACAUUAUAUCUACAUUAUAUCAGUGAAUAUCUUCCUCCUCCUCUCUUAUCAGUGAAGUGCUCAGCAUAGCUCUUUCCACCCUCAGCUGCCAGCCAGCCAGGGACAGAAACACCAUUCCUCCCCUCCCCUUUGGAGCUCUUUUCCCUGCUGGGUAGAGUUGAACUUUCUGUUGUCAGUAUUUCAGCCCUCUGCCCACCCCACCUGACAGCACAGGGCCUGAAGGCUGGGUGUAUGCCAGCUGAACUCAUCUGCGUCAAUAAUGCUUCUGCAUUUGCAUUUCCCUCCUGCCCCACCUGGGAGUUCAUCUCCCCAUGAAGAUGAGCACCUUGGGCAUGUUCUCAGCAUGUCCUCAAGUCAGCCCACAGGCUGUCAGCUUUUCGUAUCUCCCAUUCAGCUUGGAGUUUUGGAGUGGGUGAACAGGGUGCUGGCGCUCAGUUGCUUGCUGCUGUUUGACCACUGCGCUCGGGUUCCCUCUGUGCCCUGAGAUGCAAAUGCAAGGAGUGAUGCAGUGUGCGGAGAGCAGAACGGGAGCCCAGUGCUGGAGCGGGUGCAGAUGCUGAACGUGCUCAGGGCCCGCAGCUGUGUGCUGAACACAUCUGUGGCUGCCUGAACAAAAGAAAACCCAGUCCCGUAUGGGGGGGGGGCUGACACAAGCCUUGAAAAAAGCGAGCCAUCAAGCCAAGCGCUAAGCACAAAAAAGAUAACGCUGAAAGGGUCGCUAGAGGAAGCUUUUGCCUGCUGGGAAUCCUAAGGGAAACCGGGGGCUGGCGGGGAGGGAAGUGGAAAUUCCCUUCUUGGAGACUUUACAUUGACACACUCAAAAGGAGGAUUUUAAAGAAAAAAGCCGGAGCUGGAGCCAGGACCAGGUACCACCCGGGUUACAGCAGCGCCGGUUCCGCCCCGCUCGGUGCCGCUCCCCGCUCCCCUCCCGGUGCUGGCAGGGGGCAGGAAGCGUGCGCUGCUCUGCACGACCCCAGAAGGGCACCU